AAUAAGUUCAAAUAAGUUUUAAAAUAUAUAUUUUACUGUUAAUAUUAAUAAUGUGACAAUAUCAUUUUGUUAAUUUCCAGCAUUAUUUGCUUAUUUUUAAUAAUUUGUGUUUUGAUUUUGAAAGUGUUUUGGGGCAGAACAAACAAUAGGUCAUUAAAAUUCAUGAAUCAGAAAGUGAGAAUACAGGUUACGACCCUACAUUUUCUAUUCACUUAAAGGGAAUAAAUAAUAAUUGAAUUACGUUAUUCCAGUCAGUCUUUCGGGGACUACAGAAAUAAGUAGAUAUAAAAGUAACAUAGUUUCAACUGAUUUCAAACAAAAUCGUAUGUGAAUUAGUGUUAAAACCUUUCGUACAAAAUGACGGCAACUGUAGGUCCCGAUCAAAUCAGUCAAAAUGCAGUUGUAUCUGCAAGCAGUGUUUUUUAUUUCCUGCUGCUGCCGGCCCUUGCCCUAUUCUACGCCUACUGGAAGAUUUCCCGUCGCCAUCUGCUCGAAUUGGCAAGCAAAAUCCCCGGUCCUGAAGGUUACCCCAUCAUAGGAAAUGCAUUGGACUUUGUUGGAAGCUCGCACGACAUUUUCAAAAAAAUGUACUCAAGAUCCUUCGAGUUCGGCAAAAUCGCCAAAUUUUGGGCCGGACCGAAACUCUUGAUUUUCUUGAUCGACCCGAGAGACGUGGAAAUCAUUCUCAGCAGUCACGUGCACAUCGAUAAGGCCAGCGAAUACAAAUUCUUCAAACCGUGGUUGGGCGACGGUCUUCUCAUCUCUACCGGCCAGAAAUGGAGGGCUCACAGGAAACUCAUUGCGCCCACUUUCCAUUUGAACGUGCUCAAAUCCUUCAUCGACCUGUUCAACGCCAACUCCCGGGAGGUCGUUCAAAAGUUGAAAAAGGAAGCGGGAAAGGAAUUCGACUGUCACGACUACAUGUCCGAAGCUACUGUUGAAAUUUUAUUGGAAACUGCUAUGGGAGUGAGCAAGAAAACUCAGGACAAGAGCGGAUACGACUACGCCUUAGCCGUUAUGAAAAUGUGCGACAUUUUGCACAUUCGUCACACCAAGAUUUGGCUCAGACCUGACAUCCUAUUCAAUUUAACGAAACACGCCACGAACCAAAAAGGAUUGCUCAACACCAUUCACAGCUUGACCAGGAAGGUGAUCAAGAAGAAGAGAGCAGAUUUCGAAAAAGGAAUCCGUGGAUCGACUGCUGAAGUACCCGAAGAUGCUAAAACCCAAAAAUACGAAAAGAACGUCAGUUCUAAAACCGUCGUCGAAGGUCUUUCCUACGGACAAUCCGCCGGUCUUAAGGAUGAUUUGGAUGUCGAUGAUGAUGUAGGUGAAAAGAAGAGAAUGGCCUUCUUGGACUUGUUAAUCGAAGCAUCCCAAAACGGUGUCGUCAUUAACGAUGAAGAAAUUAAGGAACAAGUAGACACCAUUAUGUUCGAAGGUCACGAUACCACUGCUGCCGGUAGCAGUUUCUUCCUUUCGAUGAUGGGAGUUCACCAAGACAUCCAAGACAGAGUUAUCCAAGAAAUUGACGAAAUCUUUGGCGACUCUGACAGGCCAGCCACCUUCGCCGAUACUUUAGAAAUGAAAUACUUGGAAAGAUGCUUAAUGGAAACCCUUCGUUUGUACCCACCAGUACCGAUUAUCGCUAGGCAACUCAAGCAGGAUGUAAAAUUAGCUUCUGGUGACUACACUUUACCAUCUGGUGCCACUAUCAUCAUUGGAACCUUCAAGAUUCACCGUGAUGCUGACACUUACCCCAACCCUGAGAAGUUUGACCCUGACAAUUUCUUGCCAGAGCGUACUGCAAACAGGCACUACUACUCCUUCAUUCCGUUCUCAGCUGGACCCAGGAGUUGUGUCGGUCGUAAAUACGCUAUGUUGAAACUGAAAAUUCUGCUUUCAACUAUCUUGAGAAACUACAGAGUUAAAUCUAAUCUAGGCGAGGAAGACUUCAAACUUCAAGCUGAUAUUAUCUUGAAGAGGGCUGAAGGAUUCAAAAUUAAAUUGGAACCCAGGAAACCUUUGCUUAAAGCAUAA